AUGUCAUAUGCAGAAACCAUAGACCAGGCCAUUGCCAAUUGCAAGCAGCAGACGGUGUUGAUGCAAAGAUGUCUGGCUCAAGAGAAGCUUAUGGACGCUUUGAAGCAUGCCUCGAUAAUGCUGACCGAGCUACGAAGCCCUUUGCUCUCGCCAAAACAGUACUACGAGCUGUACAUUUCCAUAUACGACUCUUUGAGCAUCUUGUCCAACUAUUUUGUCGAGUGUCACAGCAAGAAACAUCAUCUGGCGGAUCUGUACGAGCUUGUACAAUAUGCUGGCAACAUUCUGCCCCGACUCUAUCUCAUGAUUACCGUUGGAAGCGCAUAUCUUCAAUCGGCCGACGCGCCGCGGGAAGAAAUCUUCAAGGACAUGAUUGAGAUGUGCAAGGGUAUUCAAAACCCGAUCCGAGGCCUCUUUCUGCGGUACUACCUAUCGCAGCGAACAAAACAGUUCUUUCAGGCAGAAGAUUCUGAGACAAAAAAGGCCAAUGUCAACUUUAUCAUCACCAAUUUUAUCGAGAUGAACAAGUUGUGGGUGCGUUUGCAGCAUCAGGGCCCUCUACGUGAAAGAGAACAGCGUACUCGUGAGCGUAAAGAGCUCAAAAUCUUAAUCGGUGCGAACUUGAUGAGACUCUCGCAGAUCGCCGAAGCGGAUUUCAAACUAUACAAAGACGAAAUAUUGCCCUUGAUCCUUGAGCAGGUGAUUAACUGUAGAGACGUUGUGUCUCAAGAAUACCUGCUCGACGUAAUUUGCCAGAUCUUCCCUGGUGAGUUUCAUCUCGGCACUUUAGCAGAACUAUUGGCAACGUCACUGAAGUUAAACCCGACCGUUCCUAUAAACAAGGUCGUACUGACACUGGUCGAGAGACUGAAUGGGUUUAUCGACCGCCAAGAAAAUCCGGACCUGGACAGUGUGACGCGCGGCCUCGCAUUUGUCGACAUUGGGGAAGAAAACAAAAACCUCUUUUUCAUGUUUUGGAAAUUCCUCAAUCAAUUGAGUGAGGAGCGUCCAGACCUGUCAUUACAGGAGCUGGCCCCAGUAAUUCAGGGUAUUUUGAAACUGACUCUGCGCUGGUAUCCGGACAACGUCAGCAACGUCAACGUUCUGUUCAACUUCAUGCACGAAAAAUGCAAAGAGUAUGGCAAAGCUCUUCCUGAGGAGUACGACUUUCUUUUCCACGACUUGCUGCUAGCUCCAGAACUCAAAUCCGACACUUCUUUCUUCCUAAGACUUCUGACAGAAUGCGAGGCUUACGAAGGUCUGCUUUCAGCUCAAAAUUCGAAUCUGCAAAGAGAAUGCGCCAACGAAAUUCUAGAUACUUUGACGGGUGCCGAGUGGCGUAUAAGCUCCAAGCCAGAACUCGAAAAAAUUCUUAAGCUUUGUGGUUCUUUGGUGGAAUCAAAUUCCGACAAGAUGAGCUCCUCGUUGAUUCUGGAUGAAGAAGACGAUUUGGACUCCGAGAAUUGGUCUUUUUCGCCAGAUCAAGAGAAGUUGGCUCAUAUCACGCAUCUAUGCGAUAACAAGAGCAUUGAAUCACAUUGCGAAUUGCUGCUCACAUGCAGAAAUUGGUUCCAGAAAAGUGGUAAGAAUAUCAAGUAUCAUUCGCCCGCCAUCAUCUGCAAUUUAUGGAAGCUGAUACGCAAAUGUCAGCUAAGGAUAAACAGGAAACCGGAAAUUCGUGAAAAGCUCAAUGGUACCAUGAAGCAGCUUUUCAAACAUGUUUCCCUCAUCAUCAACGACAUCUAUAAUGCAUGUGGUGGAGGGUGUCUGGACUUGUUGUACAAGCUGAACGUACAAACGGCGUCGCUUGCUGAUCAAGCUCAAUUGGGCGACAUCGCUUACGACUUUUUUUCACAAGCCUUCACCAUUUUCGAAGAAUCGCUCAGUGACUCUCGCACCCAAUUUCAGGCCAUUGUGAAUAUGGCACAAACAUUACAGAAAACAAGAAGCCUAUACAUGGAUUCGCACUACGAGACUCUGAUCACAAGAUGCACAUUACAUGGCUCGAAGCUUCUCAAAAAGCAAGACCAAUGUCGUGCUGUUUACACAUGCUCUCAUCUGUGGUGGGCCACUGAAAUCUCGCCUUUGGGAGAAGAGGAGGGGGUCACUGAGAGCUUUUUCCGGGAAGGAAAGAGGGUCUUGGAAUGUUUACAGCGCUCUUUAAGAGUUGCCGACUCAGUGAUGGAUAAUGUCCAGAGCUGUGAGCUCAUGGUUGAGAUUCUGGACAGGUGCUGCUACUAUUAUAUCCACGGCGACGAAGCAUCCACUCAUGUGGGAAUAAAAUACAUCAAUGGGUUAAUCGAGCUUAUAAAAACAAACCUCGACGGCCUCAAACUAGAAGUUACUUCAAUGAUAGAAGACGGGCCAAAGCUCAAGACUGACUGUGCAUACAUUGGAAUCGACGGCUGUUAUAUUCACCGAAAUUCUGCAAACAGCGUGGCAGCUGUUUACACCAAACCUCCCGCGUCCAAGACUACCCUACUGAAUUUCAUACCGGUCGAGCAUUUCAAUAGAACCCUGAAGUACAUUCGGGAUCAAAAGGACGUUGAUGAUCGCUUCAAGGCCAUUGUUCUAUGA